AUGGACAGAAAAACAGCCGAUUACUCAGAUAAACAGUCAACUCCAACUCCGGAUGAUAAGUCCACUCAAAGUCAGUCACCAAAAGAGACAGACGCGUUUGAUAAGAAAACCGGCAAUGAAUUCGACAAAGAAUUACGUGUAAAAAUGGUAGACGUGUCUGCCAGUCAAAGCCGCAGGUGGUCUCCAAAUGAAAUGGAAAUAUUCCAACAUCCCAUGUGCUUGAUCGGUGCCGAAAAUGUAAAAAACGAAAUUGGAGAAGAAACUAAAAUACUUUUAAAGAGCGAGGAACAAGUGUUUGAUCAAAUAGCAAAGAUAGAUUGGCCAAUGGUUGUUGUAGCCGUCGCGGGUGUGUACAGAACUGGAAAAUCGUAUCUAAUGAAUCGUCUGGCGGACUCGAGCAAAGGUUUCGCGCUGGGAGAUACGAUUGAAUCAAAAACCAAGGGCAUUUGGGCAUGGUGUAAAAUACAUCCCAAAUUAUCGAACACUGUUCUGCUGCUUCUUGAUACCGAAGGACUUGGCGAUGUUGAAAAGGGUGACCCAAGUCAUGACAACAAGAUUUUUACUCUAGCGACACUCCUUUGCAACUGUUUAGUUUACAACAUGAAGGGAGCUUUUGAUAACGACGCCGUCUCUAAACUCACAUUUGUUACAGAAAUGGCAAGUAAUAUAAGAUAUCGUGGAAAAUCUUCUGAGGAUAAUGAGUUAAUCAAUCUAAUAAUUCCUGACUUCGUUCUCUGUUUGAGAGAUUUCAGUCUAAAAUUGAUAAAAGAUGGGAACAAGAUAACAGAAAACGAUUAUCUUGAGCAAAGUUUAGCGGAGAAUAAAAGCAAAGCAGACCAGUUCAACAAACCAAGAGCAUGCAUCAGAAAAUACUUUACGAAACGCGAGUGCUUUGCUUUCCCAGUUCCGGGUGAUGCUGAUGUUCUUGAGAAUCUUGAAACUUUGAGCUUUACCCAGUUAUCUACCAGGUUCAAGGACGUAACAUCUCGAUUUACAUCCUUCAUAUACUCAAUACCACCUAAGACGUUGGUUAUCAGUAAACCAAUAAAUGGACAAAUGUUCGUUUCACUAGCUACCCACUACGUAACAGCUAUCAAACACGGUGCUGUCCCAGAUGUUGAUGAUGCAUUUACAGCUGUAGCGAAAAUAGAGAAUUCUAGAGUUGAAAAAGAGGCUCUAGAUAUCUUUGAAAAUGAAAUGGAAAAAGUAAUGCUGCCAAUAUCUGAAAACGAUUUGGGGAAGCGUUACACAAGCAUACAAAAGAUAGCGCUAGAUCAUCUCCGACAGAAUGUUGUACAUGACUUUCAAGCGAAAUGUGAAAUGCAAGCUCAGAGGAAAAUGGAUGCAAUGUGGGGCAAGAUAAAAACAACUAACGAGGAAAAAGUUAGAGAAAAAUGUGAGAAUACAUUGCAUAGUUUGUCUAUGAAGUAUCUUCGCAAUAAUAUAGUAAAUGAAGAAUAUGAAAAAGCAGGUGGUCAUCGGAGAUACAAGCGUGAUAUGGAAAGAAUCAAAGAUGAAUACGUCGGUGUGCUAAAAGACUUCAAGGAGAACGAGAUUAUAUCUACAUGGUAUGGAUUUGUAGAAAGUAUGUCCAAAACUGAAGCCAAAAUAGUUGAAGCUGAUGAAAACUUGUCACAGCAGGAGAAAGAAGCCGAGCAAAAACGAAACAAAGAAGAACACGACGAAUUAUUGAAGAAACAACAAAAAGCUCAAGAGGAUGCGUUAAAACAACAGCGACAAGAUUUGGCAAAUCAUUACGAAAAGUUAGAAAAAGAUCGCCGUGAACAGCAAGCAAAAGAUCAAGAAAAGUAUAAAACAAUGGUGACAGAAAGGUUGGAGAAGGAAGCAGCACAAAAUGAAGUUAAACGCUUACAAAAGCAACAAGAAGAUGCAGAUAAGGAAGCCAAACGCCUUAGACAGGAACAAGAAAAAGCUCAAGAGGAAGCUAAGAAGUUAAAAGACAAAGAAAUAGAGAGGAAACAAAAGUGGUUUGGUGCAAGUAUGUGGAAUGCGUUUUGGAAAAACGACUAAACCAUAAACAUUUUUAUUUAUUUAACAUGCUGAGAAUAUUUUUAGAUUUUAAUUUUAACCCAUGUGUUUUGCUUUUGAAGAAGAUAUCCAUGUUAUUUAAAUUUGCUUUGCUGUGUCAUAAUACAUGUGGUAUUGCGUUAUUAAAACGUGUGUUUACCGUAUAA